UCGCUAAUGGUGGACGCGUGAGGUGGAGGAGCGCGGCGGCGGGAGGCAGCGGGCAGCGCGGCGGCGGCGCCAUGUCCGUGAACAUGGAUGAGCUCAAGCACCAGGUCAUGAUCAACCAGUUCGUGCUGACGGCGGGCUGUGCGGCCGACCAGGCGAAGCAGCUGCUGCAGGCGGCCCACUGGCAGUUCGAGACAGCCCUUAGCGCCUUUUUCCAGGAGACCAACAUCCCCUACAGCCACCACCACCACCAGAUGAUGUGCACUCCUGCCAACACCCCUGCCACGCCCCCCAACUUCCCUGACGCCCUCACCAUGUUUUCCCGUCUCAAGGCUUCCGAGAGUUUUCACGGUGGUGGCAGUGGUAGCCCAAUGGCCGCCACGGCCACAUCCCCCCCGCCGCACUUCCCCCACGCCGCCACCGGCAGCUUCGCGGCCCCGAGCUGGCCGACUGCGGCCUCGCCCCCAGGGGGGCCACAGCACCACCAGCCGCAGCAGCUGCCCCUGUGGACUCCGGCACCUCCCUCCCCAGCGUCAGACUGGCCACCCUUGGCCCCCCAGCAGGCCGCUUCAGAACCAAGGGCCCACCCUGCCAUGGAGGCCGAGAGAUAAGGGAGGCCCCUCCCCCCUCCCGGAGGCCAGGACCCUGUGGGGGGGGGAGAGGAUGUCUCUGUGGGCCCCCUUCACCCUCCUCUGUCUGCACCCCCCGUACCCCGGAGCCCUGGAGGGGAGAGACCGGACCCUGGUGCCAGCACACAGGCUGCCCGCGCACAGACAUGGACGCGCAGGCACAGAGCACCCACCUUGCAUGGAUUUGGUUCAGAGUUGUCUUGGUGCUGGUGGACAGAACUUUGGAGAACAAGCAGCCUUCCCCAGAGGACUUGCUCGCCCUGCCCCACCCCAGGGGGCUGCGGAGAAUCGCCACAGCAGCGGAGACUUGGCUGGCUCCUGCCUCGGAGCUCUUUGGGGGCCAGCAGGCCCAGAGCCCCACUCUUGGGAAUGCAGAGCCUUCUCCACACGUGUGUGUAGCUGUGUCUGUAUUUAUAUGUAUGUCGCUCUCCAAGAAGCAACCUAGUUUAGGGGCAGCUGGACUUUGCAUGUUAGAGUGAGCCCCCAAGCCCCUUGCCCGCCACCCCUCUCCCCAGGGCCCUGCCUCUCUCUCCCACCCCCUUGUCAGCCAGCCUUGCUGUUCCCUGCAGAGAAGAGAAUUGUGGGAAACUCCAGGACUCUUCCCACCCAUUCCCCAGCGCCUGCCUGCUGGGGCUGCCUGCAUGCCUCCCCCAGAGCCCGUGGGUACCUCACACCCUUUCAAUUCCCCCUUUUAACAAAAAGAGAAGAAAGAGUUCAAACCACCACCAGGCUCUGUGGUCUUGCCUC